CACGUCGUGGAAGCCAUCGAUGUCCUUGUCAGCGCUGACGAGGCCACCCAGAAUCAUGGCAACCCGCGUGGAUGGUUGGUACCGGCAUUUGGAGCCCGACCUUUACGGCCGUGAAUGUCGAGGUUGCACUGGCAGAUAAAACGCUGAAACGUUACCGUGUACUGGACGGUAAUAUUUCAGAUGCGCUGCUCCCACGAAGCGCAUUCGUCGAGCGGGUCCGCUAGGGCUGCCCGUGACCGCACGGUCCUUCCGUCGCUUGCUGAUUCCUCUCUCCAAAUUCACACGCGACAUUCCCAACAUUGCGGAGGUGCUGGAGCGCGUACAGGACAUGCCACAUUUCGCAGUUUAUUCCUCUGGAGAUGUGGUGCGGCCAAGGAGAUGAUGUUUCUCGGGGUUGUGGAUGGUUGUAUCGCUUUAUCAGCUGCCGGGACCUGCGGCAGCGGAAUCUCCGGCACUACCGAAAAACAAAUUGUCAACUACGUGGUUAUUGCCAUUAAACGUUUCAUAACAUCACAAACUACGGGAACCGCUAAAACUGUGGUCAGAAUUGUGGACCAGCUUGUGAGCGUGAUUGUGGGCAUGGAUGGAUUGGAACCACCAAGUGAAUUACGACUUGAUGACUUGUAUGUGGAGUUGCAUCUGACUGUAUUUUCUUAUGUGGAUGCUUUUCAUCAACAUCAGAUUCGCAGGACGUGUAAAUGGUUCCGACACUUAUUGUGCUCCGCAGCUAACCAACAGUGUCUGAUCUUACCACGCCAUUCUAUGGAUGUUCUCGAUACUCUGAAACUGUAUUCGCAGCAACCGCGUUUGGACGGAAGCGAACACAGCGCUACAAUGACUCACGUUCUGUGCAACACGGUUACACAAAACACUAAAGUUAUUUACCUCAUUGGUAAUUGGGAGAAAUGCUUGCACGCAUUAGUCCUACUGCUGCAAUUUCUGCGUGUGGAAAUCAACUGGCUGGUCAUCGCCGACAACUCCGUAUUGGUGUUCAAGGAGUUUUUGGAUUUUCCUGACCAGUGGCCCAUGCUGCGUACGGAUGAUGAUUUCGUUACGUUUCGAGGAAUAGUUCAUGCGGCGCCUGAGUAUACCAGUGUUGCCCGCCUGCUUCUAAAGAACUGUUGUUUUAAUAGCAAGCUUUCAAUAUGUUUCACGUCGAUAUUGUAUCCUCCCUACAAGCAUCGCCUUUGGUUCGCGACGCGGCACGAAAAGCUGGCCUGUUGUCAGGAGCCAUUCCGUAUUGUACUUCCUUAUUUUAAGCACCUCUUCACUAAAGCAGCAACGUCCACGUUGGCCGAGUCUUUUCAAGCAACACUAGAACAGUUAUGCCCCACCCUUCCAGAUAAUAAGAUCAGAGCCAUGCUAGCCUGGCUGGAUUCCCUGACGGAGGUCGAUCUACAAGGGAAAGCGUUUAUCUGGCCAUUUCUACCGUUGUGUUAUGAACUGUGUGUGGAAGAAGGAAAAGCCCAAUGAUCUCGGUGCCGUCAAGAAGAAUGUUGCUAUCAGGUUACCUCCGAAGUGUUUACUCAUGCUAACACUGGCCCUGCUGGUUCCAGUUGAGAAAUUGUUUGUUUUCGAAGAACCGUGG